AUGGUAUUUCUGAAGGUGGCCCCUAAGAAGGGCGUUCUAAGGUUAGCCCUACCCCCGUCUCUCUCAUCCAUACACAAUGUGUUCCAUGUAUCGACACUUUGCAAGUACUUAGCGAACCCCACGCACGUGAUAGAUUAUUCGACUCUGGACGUGACCGAAGACUUAAGCUACGAGGAGAAACCAGUGGGGGUCCUAGCUCGCAAGAUAAAGACCUUGCGCACCAGGGAAAUUGCAUUUGUCAAGGUGUGGUGGGGGAACCAAUCAGCAGAGGAGGCCACCUGGGAACGAGAGGAUGAGAUGAGAGAAAAGUACCUAGAGUUGUUAGUGGAUGCAAAUCCUUUCAAGGAUGAAAGUCCUUCGCAGGGGGGAGUGAUGUAA